AUGGCCUACGGUGUGGCGGCGGAUUGCGGGCGGCGGAAGUCGACGAGCAGCCUCCCGCCGAGGAGAGGGCAGAUUAAGGUGAAGAUCCUGGGGAUGCUCUUCAAGUCUGUCGUCGCGAUGGCAUCAGCCCCCGCGAGGAGGGGGGAGGGAAGUUUUCAGAUUUUCUCCGCCCUCCGAAGAUGA